CAAAGCUCAUAUUUCUAUUUCUUUACAACAGAAGGGCAUCCGCUUCCCGCGGAUUCCUCUUCCGCCGCUCCUCCGAUGCUUUCUAGGGUUUCCUAAUCUUUUGCGGCUUCUUCUCCUCCUUCUUCACCGCCCUUUUACCUCCCUCACCUCUCAGGGACAGAAGGAAGAAGGACUCUCUUCGUUGAUUUCGCAGUGCGUUGUGGAUCGUUGAUGGCCGAUACGAGUUUCUUUGGCAUUCGUUGAUUGUUGAUCAUGGGGGAGGAAACGCCCUCGGAUCCGGCGUUGGAGGUGGGGGCUGCGGCCGCGAGGCCGCUCGCCGUGGUGGCGGCCGCCUUUGAGGAUAUAUCUAGGAUGAUCGAUGGCGAUGGCGAGGGCCCCUGCGACCUCCGCCUCGCUCCCUUCUCCAGCGCCUGCUCCCUCGUCACCGUCCUCUUCGGCUGCCUUGGCUUCGCCUUCAAGUUUGCCGAGUUGGAGUACUCUUCCAAGGUAAAUGACUUGAUAGAAGCAUCAAAUACCUAUGAUACCUUGAGCAGUAUUCUCGAACAUGAUAUUGCAAACGACAGCGUCAGGAAGCAAGGUAGCCAUUCCCGUAACCUUCGCAGAGUCCGGCUCGGUCUCGAUCUCAUCAAAGCCUUAUUUGAGCAAUAUCUUUCAUCGAGUGAUUGCUCAUUAAAAGAAGCUGCCUCAACUGCUUAUGAUCAAGUGUGUGCACCAUUUCAUGCCUGGACAAUCAGAAAGGCAGUUGGCGCUGGGAUGUAUGCUCUUCCAACAAGGGAUCAAUUGCUGUUGAGACUAAAUGAAACCGAUGCUUCCGUGAAGAAGGAAAUGGAAAAAUACAUCGACUCAAGCCGACCGGUCAUUGAAUAUAUUGACAAUCUCUUCCUUUCAAGAAACAUCACACUGGACUGGUAAUUCAUCAUUCUUUCCAAAACCUUGUUUAUUGGGCAAUCAAAGAGAUGCUAAAGCAUCUUUGUUAUUAUUUCUUAGAACUUAUUAUUUUUUUGGUCUAUUGAUGUGUAGUAACUAUUAAUAGGAAAUUCAUUGUAAAGCUUUGAUUAUUUAGUUGUGGAAAAUCAUUUUUGCUAGGAAUUGGCAAUGC